AUUCAAUGAUGAGAGACAAAUCACAUGUCAAUCUGGCAUUACACGUCUCCUCCUCGUUCCUUCUCGUCAAUUCUGCGCUUUUCACACUUGACACGUGAAGUCGAUUCCUUGCAGUCAGGUCUAUAAAUUUGUUCGUCGACACUUGCGAUUCUCAUCUAGCCAACAAAUUUGGCAUGAUCACGACACACCAGAGCAAGAUCACAAGUCAACACAAAUUAGCCUCUCGGCUUCCUGACACAAAAUCACUACAAGACGUCAAGUCCACUGCGCCUCCCUGUCGCUGCAGCUGUGCAUCAGCUUUCUAAAUCAGAAGGUUCGCGUCAUAUUCGAGAUCUAUCAUAUCGGUGACUGGACUCAACAAAAUCGCAAAAGCGUACAUUGAGCAUGAUAGAGCGCGAGCACCCGAGAACCGGGCCGCCACGGCUCGCUGCGUAUUGCCCGACUUUCAGACAGACUGAAGAUCUCGUGGCGUUCACUGUCAACAAACUGACGCGUGCCCAUGAGAAUAUCUCUCAAGAACUUGCGUUCUCAGACGAGGCUAUCAAAUAUGUUUGCAAUGAGGAGUUAGUACGGGUCCGUAGGCCGCAAAAUCUGUACCCAGUCUACGGUUCUGUCGCUUGUCUUGGACCAGCAGGAGCGGGAAAAUCAUCUACGGUCAAUUCACUUCUAGGAAAGGACACAGUGGCUAUCGAGCACGAUGGGGGUGACCGCGGCACUUACGUGGUUCAUGAAUAUCAUGGAAGUCACAGAAACCAGGAGACAGCUUUUCAUGUGGUCAUCACGUUUCGGUCACCAUCAGCAGUCGACAAGUUGGUUAAGCAACACUAUGACAUUAUCCGCCGCUAUUUGGCUAGCCAGGACGAAAACAGCGCCGACGAAGAUCUCAGCCGUGGCACUGAAGCUGAUGAUGAAGAAGAGCGGAAGGCGAGAUAUCUCGAAAGUCUCGACUUCUUCUCCGAAUUACUUCAGAUGUCGUGUGAUGAAUUCGGGUCCCAAAACAGCACUGAGCGGUUUUUCAUUAAAGCUCGAGAAGAGGAAGAAGAAGAAGAUGAUGAUGAUGAUGAUGAUGACGAUGAUGAUGGCGAUAGUGGUGGUGGUGGUGGUGGCGAUGAUGACGGUCGCCGUCAUCACGAUGUCCUUGGCGAUUUAUGUGACAAGAUCAAGAAGGUGGAUGGCUACCAAGAGUCGGCUCUGGAACUCACCGUAACUGAUCAAGCAGCGCUCGGAGAUGUGUUUAUGCAAUUUGCUCGACCUACCGUUCAUGGCAUUUUUGUCAACGCGCUCUGGCGACUCAUCGAUAAGAUCGCCGUGUACCAUGACAGCGACAUACUCAACACCGGACUGGUUCUUGCAGAUGCCCCAGGGACCGGCGACUCUGAUCCCACGGUUCGAUGCAACACAGAUUGCUGUAUUAGCUCAUCCAGUGCCGUCCUCGUAUUCGCGGACAUCUCGCGAUGCAAAGAUAACGAAGAACUUCGCAGGAAUCUAAGAAAAUGUAUCACCUCCGGAAAGGAGCGGCAGACAUGUUUGGUCGUGACUCACAUUGAUGAAAAGAAGCACUUUGCAUCACAUGAGAAGGCCCAUAUUACUCCAGCUAUGGUCUCUCUUCGCGAGACAAUCGUCUGCUGCGAAAAGGCCAUUGCUGCUUCUGAGAAGGAGAAGGAGGAUGCCACUGAAUUCGCCCAACUUCAAUCACUUGACAGGCGCAUCAAGGCACAGCAGACGAAGCUCGUGGGUGCUGAAGCUGAAUUGACUCAGCUGACAGUGAAAGCCAAUUGCACGCUCAACGACGCACGCCUUCGGGACACCUGGAGGAAGCUUUCUCCAUCUAAGCAGGCGCCAGAGCUCAAGAUUUUCUAUGUGUCCAAUAGUGAGUACCGCAAGCAUCUCAGUGGCAAGCGACCUCUACUGGACUUCGAGACUACUGGCAUACCGUCACUUUCUACCCAUAUUUACGAACUUGCAGCUCGCGGAAAGGCUGAAACUCUCCGCCACAUCGUCGAGAUUAGGCUGCCGAAUCUCAUCAGAGGCAUCAACGGCAUCCUUAACAAAACCCCGAUGGAACGAAAAACAGAAGUAGAGUCGGUUGUUCAGUCGUCCCUCGCUCAGUAUCUUCCUGAGAUCAUCAGUAGCCUGCUGCAAAGCGUGAUGAGGCAUGUCCAACAAAAUCUGGUCAGCACGGUCACGGACAAUCAAGAAGAUUGGAUCAAAAGUUGUGAGAAACUACUUUCGGGAUGGACUAGCGAAUGCAAGGCACAGACAUUUCUUGCCUUCUGCCGCAGGUCGGGCGAGUGGCGAGUACAGCAUGGAACUGGCAAAGGUCCUAGAAGAGAAGCCAAAAAUUGGAACACAUUGAUUCGACAUGUUGCAGACGACGAUCUGAUCUGUGCUUUCGACGAAUUCGACGAAAAUAUACACCAGGAAGAGAUAGCGUUCGACAGUCGCGUCAUGGGUAUAUCCGAGAAGCUGAAGGACAUCAUCGACAAAUGCGAAGCAUCCCACGGUAUUGAUAUGCACGAAUUUUUUGUGUUCAUCGACGGCCGUUUGAAAGAGGUCGCCAGAGAGUUGAGUACUCAAUUCGUCGACUUCAAAAAACUCAUCAUGAUCAUUCGUGCCAGGUGCGUUGUGGAUGAGGAAGACAACUACGUCAAGAGGGUUAUGCAGCCAGUAUAUGAGAAAUGCCAGCUGAUGCGAGCGAGCGAUCUCGGGGGCGCAGAGCUUCCGCGAUCUUCGAGUUCGCAAAAGCGUCCCAGACGAGCGAAGGGCACAGUACAAUCCGCGCGUUCUGAAGCAAUCAGGGACCACAUCCGCGGAACGCGUGGCAACUCUGUCUUUCAAGCUGCGAUCGACCUUGCCGUGGAAGACUUCUCUAAUUAUCUUGACUCGAUCAUAAAGUACCUCAUGAAGGUCACAAAGGAAGCACGUGAACGCAUUCUCAAAGACUUUGGUAGCCGCUUCCAAAACGAAUCCUUGGAGGCCCAGGACGCAAAUUCUGAGGUUGUCGGCAGAUACGAAGCGGCGAUGAGAGAGGCGGCAAAAGCGGCGGAGGACGAAGUCAAGGGCCCUCUUUUUGAGAAAAUGCAACAAUGUAUCCGCUAUGAAAACGGGGCUGAUUAGCAAGCGACGUCCAGUCCUUGCUUGCGAAGCAGAUGAGCCGAGUCUUGAUUGGGCGCUGCCACGGUGCAGAUCAGCAUUUAGGAGUCCUACAGAACUUGGCAAGGGUUGGUGACAGCGUCAAGUUGCUCACCUUAGACGGUUGCACAUACGAUCUGGAUGAGAUAUCUGGACAGAAUCUGUA